UUCGUCUUGUUAAAUGAAAAUUUCCCACCAAGUUAGCGCCUUGACGGUCCGGUUGCACUGAGGCAAUGAGAUCGUCAAUCAAGUUGGUUUAGUGGUUAACUUGAAUGUCCUCCUUCAAUGUACCAAUCAACCAGUCGCAUAUCAAUCUCGAUACAUCGGGCGUCGCUGGAUUCUUCGGUGGGGAUGAAGCGAUUUCAGCGAUGGCUACCGUCCAUCUCUACCAUGGGAGGCGCUGGCUAGGCUGGUAUAAUUCACCAGGAAGUUAUACUGUUGCCAAAAAGUUUGGGCAGCUCGCUAAUUCGAGAUUUUGGGAUGGUCUUUUCCCGGGUCCAAAUCUCACACCAGCUGAGACAUUUGGGCUGGACGGAAAACCCGGCCCUCGUUAUUGGGGUGUUUUAUCGGGCACGGAUAUGCCCACCGGUCACCUGGCGUAUCUCGUGGUGCAGAAGGCGAAAGAAGUCGAGGAAAUUGUAGAAGUGGAAGGGAGGGAGACUACACCUCUGUCGGUCACCAUAGUCGAUAUCAAAAACGUAACGGUGCAGCACGCGGACCAGGCGCCGAUGAUGAGCAUCCAUCAUGCUCUCUUGGCCGCUAUCCCCAUUACCAUCAGUCUCGCAACGUGCGCGCUUUCCGCGGCUUCGGGAGAUUGGUUAGCUUUCGCCCUCAUCCUGCUAGGAGUCGUUUCAAGCGGCACAUCUUGCUUUGUCAUCGGAUCUGCUCAACUCGAAUUUGUUUCCGUGAAGGAACCUGCUCCAGGCACGCCGCCUGCAGACGGGAUACUUCUAAUGCGAAACGACGUCGUCAUCGUCAGAGGUGCAGAGAAAGAUAUCAAUCCAAUAACGAAAGGCCGGUUUUCCUUGAGGAUGGAUGGCGGCCCAGAGUUCAGACGAGUUGGACUUUGCUCGCUUCUCCUUCUCGCACAAUUCCUUCUCCAGCUCCUUUUCAUCCCUCAGGCAACGUCAUUCGGACAGAUCAUGUUCAUCUCAUCGCUUGCAGCCUCAUGGGCAUAUAACUCAUUUCUAUCGUCGCUGGAGCAGGAGAAAAUACAAGUCGAUAUCCUAUGGAAAGUGCUCGACAAUCCACGAAUAUCGAAAUUUGGGCUCAAGAGCAGAGCUGCUCAAGCAGUGUUUGUAUGUUUGGUUCUCAGUAAUGGCGUCCAAAGGCCUUCUGUUGAUUUCAAACCAAAGAAGAUCUUGCAACGUUUCAUAUCGAACGACACAAGGGUAUGGGAUAUAUGGAGAGACAAAGUGGCGGCGGAACUGGAAAAUAACAAGGAGGAAAAAUCGUUCAACCUUGGCUCUACGGAUCUGCGAGGGUUCGGAAAUCAUGACCGGGACCUCCUGGAGUCAUUGCUUCGGGAAGCCCAGAAUGCGUAUAGAGGUUACCAGGAACAAGUACAUAAGAUUAGCGACAAUAGCCAUAUUUCUGAGAAAGAAGUACCUCGUUCGGACUAUGUUCAAAGUCGUGUUUAGUGUUUGUUGUAGGCCACAUUUCCCAUCGAUUUAUUCAGCUAUGCUCCAGCCAACCUGAGCCUGCUGUGACCCAGAUCACAUUGAUACAACACAUGG